AUGCAAGUCAAUCAGACUAUAAUAGCUGGUGUAGGUACGGACCAUAAGCUGUCCUACAAGCAAUCAUCCAAGCAACCACAUAACAAUCCAACAACAAUCACAAAAGCAAUCCUACAAGCUAUUCUACGAGCACUUACUCAACGAUACCACAAGACCACCCAGGACAACCAGAUCAACAUGCCGCGCUUAAAGGACUUCCAAAGUAAGAAGGAGAUUGACAGAGAGAUUCGCCUUGUCAAGUCCGAAAUAGAGGACGUAACAAAAGAGAUCAAAGACAAGAGGUGGGAAGCUACAAAGGAACAGACCAAGCAGUUAUGUGCCAGCUGCAUAGUGACCUCAGGCCCCACAGAGUAUACCGAUGAAGAGAAGGCAAUGGCCCAGCAACAAUUUAACGAACAUGAGGAACGGGCACUCUGUGCAUUACAUCGCAAAGAGAACCGCGAGAGGCGCUUGGAGACGCUGAAUGAGAGAAUCAAAGACCUUCAAGAAUUCAGAGACAAUUGGACAGGUGCAGACUAG